AUGUCGGGGCCUUCUUCGCCUCAAUCCUCGUUUCUGCGGAGGCGCUGGGCACCCGUGGCUGCAUCUUUGGUGUGGCUGCUGCUGCUUCUGAGCAGCAGCAGCAGCAGCGCAGCAGCAGCAGCGAGCGGCGACGCUGCUGCUGCGCAGGCAGGGGCCCCCAGCAGGGGCCCCCCGGGCCCUGCUGCUGCAGCAGGCAGAAGCAGCAGGGGGGCCCCUGCUGCUGAGGCCCUCGAAGAAGAUUCUGAAGAAGACUCUGAAGUCUGCACCCAAAACCUCCGAGAUGCAAUUAAUGGCGCCAUUUCACAAGUGAUCGGUGAGCAGCAGCAGCAAAGCGACAGACAUCAGUAA